AAUAUUUAUAAAUUAUGACGAUUUUGUAUGUUUUUAAUUGACACUUUGAAGAUAAAUCCAACAAAACCGUUUAUUAGUAUUGUGUUAAAACACGGAAGUAAUUAUUAUUUCCGCUGCAAUCUCUACCCUUUUAAUUACACCUGUGGUAUAAAAAUAAUGUAGUAAUUAACCGGUUAUACUUUAAUAAAAAUGUGGUGCCUCUUUCUAUUUAUUGCUACAUUUUUGGGUGUGGGUAAUCUGACUCAAAAUUACAGUAGGGAAGCUCUUCAGGAAAAGUAUCCGGGAUUUGGUACUGAAUGGAUUCCCGUAGGCCAAAAAGAAAACGGCGAAUUGAUUAUUGGUUAUUUUGACGAUUCAGAUGAUGCUAGGUUUAUUUUUCCUCCUGAACCAAAAGAAGUCGUAACAUUUACACUUUACACCAGACAACACCCUGAGGGCACCAAAAUUGAGGAUUCCCUCGAAAAACUUGAAGGAAUCUUCGAUAAAAGUAAACCGAGCAAGUUUGUGACUCAUGGCUGGAUGUCCAGCGGCUCUGCUGACACUUGUGUGAAAAUUAAAGACGGGUUUUUGAAAAAAUACGACGCGAAUGUGUUUAUAAUGGACUGGAGCGAAAUCUCGAGCAAUGUUCUUUAUCCAAUUCCAAUGAGGGCCACCAAAUCGGUGGGCGAUUUCUAUUCCGAAUUUCUUAACAAACUUGUCGAUUCUGGUGCCGACCCUAAAAACUUUCAUCUGGUUGGUCAUAGUUUAGGGGCUCAUGUCACGGGGUUUGGGGCUCGAGGUGUGAAAGGCAAGGUUGGUAGAGUGACAGGUCUUGACCCAGCAUUGCCUGGGUUCAACAUGGGUCUAGUCGAAGGAGGACAUCUUGAUAAGGAGGAUGCUGAUUUUGUGGAUGUUAUCCAUACUUGUGCAGGUUAUUUGGGGAUGAGUAGUUCAAUUGGACAUGCUGAUUUCCACCCAAAUGGGGGAAGUGUGCCUCAGCCUGGAUGCGAGAACAUUUUUGAAAUGAUUGAAGCUUGUAGCCAUGGUCGAAGUUGGGCCUAUUUCGCCGAAAGUUUGACUGCUGAAGUACCUUUUAUGGCAUAUCGUUGUGAUUCGUUUGAGAAUUUCUUGCACAAAGAAGAGUGUAAGGAAGAAGGAAUUCCUAUGGGAGAUCCAGCUCCGACUUCAGCUCGAGGAAAUUAUUAUUUAAGAACACAGAGUGAGGCGCCAUUUGCAGUGAAAAAUAUUCAGGAAAAUGUAAACAAUAUGAUGAAGAAAUAAUUAAAUAAGUGUAGGAACAAUUGUGUAUUUUAUAAAUACAGUUCGGAAUACUA